GGGGACUGAUUAUAAUACCCUAAAUAAUACCCGCGCCUUUCAUUUCUUCUACCUUUCCCUGAUUCUCUAGUUUCUCCCAAUCCCUAAUUCUUCUACCUUCCCCGCGCCUUCUCUGCACCAUCUUCGUGUUGGUCUCCCCUUGUUAGGACUGAGCAAAGUGUCGAGGUGUGGAGGCAUUUGUGGGUUGAGCGAGGCUUCGAGGCAGCGUGGAGGCGCCUUAUUGUUCGUCGAGGUGCUCUCAGAACUGAACCGUAGAUUUGCUCUCGAAAUUUCUUGCAUCUAUGGUUCACGCGGCUUAGAAAGCGGCAAGUGUGACCUAGAGUUCGCGCUAGAAGAGGACAGACCACUGAUCCACACAGUAUAGCUGAAAGAAUCAGUGUGGAGCUAAAGUUGUAGUAGCCCUUGCCGAGAAAAGAAAAAAUUGUGAAAGAGGUCGUUGUAAUGGAUAGAUCAUGGAUAGACAUGCCUCGAAAUACAAAUCAAUAUAUAAGAGGAUUGAAUACGUUCUUGGACUUUGCAUUCACUAAUAGUGGUGUUAGGGGAAAGAUAGUAUGUCCAUGUCAGAAAUGCAAUUUUAAGAAAUGGCAAAGUCGUGAAGAAGUAUACGAGCACUUAAUUAUUAAACCUUUUCCAAAAGGUUAUACAGUGUGGCAUCUACACGGGGAGAGAAGAGUAAAUGCUGAAGCUCCUCAAGUAAUGGCCGAAGCUCCUCAAGUAAUGGCCGAAGCUCCUCAAGUAAUGGGCGAAGCUCCUCAAGUAAUGGUCGAAGAAGAUGGUGGAAGAGUUGAAAUUAAUGAUAAUAUGUGUGAAAUGAUUAAUGAUAAUAUGGGUGCAGAGUCAAGCCAUACUAGAAGUCAUGAUGGGACAAAUUUUUUUGAAUUAAUGCAAGAUGGACAACAAAGCUUAUAUGAAGGAUGUGAUAAAUAUUCAAAACUUUCUUUCUUGGUGAAGUUGUAUCACAUCAAAUGUCUAUGCAGAAUAAGUGACAAAGCUAUGUCCAUGAUACUGGAAUUGCUAGCAGAUGCAUUUGAACAUGCUAAAAUUCCAAAUUCAUUCUAUGAAGCCAAAAAAGUGAUUAACAAGCUUGGUCUUCAUUACACCAAAAUUGAUGCUUGCCCGAAUGAUUGUAUGUUGUAUGUUGGAGAAGACAAAGAUAAAGAUUCUUGUAAGAAAUGCAAGACAUCAAGAUGGAAGCCAAAAAAGAGAAAUACAAUUGGUGACGAUGUUGUUGUUAAUAAGCGAAAGAAGAUUCCUGCAAAGGUGUUAAGGUAUUUUCCUUUGAAGCCUCGAUUACAGAGGAUGUUUUUUUCAUCUAAAAUAGCUGAGCAUAUGAGAUGGCAUGCAUCAGAAAGUACGAAUGAAGGCAUGUUAAGACAUCCAAGAGAUUCUGAAGCAUGGAAGAAAUUUGACUUGAUGCACCCUCAAUUUGCCUUAGACCCUCGAAACAUGAGACUCAGUUUAGCUACUGAUGGGUUCAAUCCAUAUGGGAACUUGAGCACCAAUCACAGUAUUUGGCCAGUUGUUCUCAUACCAUACAACCUUCCUCCUUGGAUGUGUAUGAAACAAAGUUCAUUCAUUUUGUCCAUGAUCAUUCCUGGAAAGCGAGCACUGGGCAAUGAUAUUGAUGUUUACUUACAACCAUUAAUAGAAGAGUUGAAGGAGUUGUGGAAAACUGGAAUUAAAACUUUUGAUUCAUAUGGAAAUGAAGUAUUUGAUAUGCGUGCAGCCAUAUUGUGGACUAUUAGUGACUUUCCAGGACUUGGAACCUUAUCGGGAUGGAACACACAUACAGGAUUGGCAUGUCCGAGAUGUAAUUUUGACACUACUCCUAAGAAGCUUGUCAAAGGUGGGAAAUUUUGUUUUAUAAGUCAUCGUCGGUGGUUAGAUGGAAGACAUAAGUUCAGAUUGGCUCAUAGCAGGUUUGAUGGAACUAUUGAAAAUAGAAGCCAACCAAUGGCAAUCUCAGGACAUGAUAUCCUACAACAACUUGGGAAUGUUCACGUUGAAUUUGGGAAAGAACCUAUAGUUGAAGAAAGGUCAAAAAGACAACGCAGAGUUGAUCAUCCUAAGGUAGAUACUCUACAAUGGCGAAAGAAGAGUAUAUUUUUUGACCUUCCUUAUUGGGUAGAUAACUUAUUGCACCACAAUCUGGAUGUUAUGCACAUUGAAAAAAAUGUUUGUGACAAUAUAUUGUUUACAUUAUUGAAUGAUAGUACAAAUAAUAAAUGCAAAGACAAUCUAAAGGCAAGAAAGGACUUACAACUUUGGGGUAUUAGACCAGAUCUGUGGCCUGAUGAGAAUGGUAGAUAUCUUCCUGCUAUAUAUACAUUGUCAAAUGUAAAUAAGGAUAUAUUUCUAAAAACUUUGAAGAAUAUAACUGUACCUGAUGGCUACUCAAGUAACAUCAGUAGAUGUGUUGAUGUCAAACAACGUAAGAUUAGAGGACUAAAAAGUCAUGACUCACAUGUGUUGAUGGAGCAAAUUCUUCCUUUGGCAAUAAGAAAGACACUCCCUAAAGAAGUGUCCUCUAUUUUGAUUGAUCUAUGCUCUUUUUUUAAACAAUUAUGUAAUAAAGUUUUGAAGAUAGAUCAACUUGUCCAAUUACAAGAUAGAGUUGAUUCCCUCCUUCUUUUUUCACAGUGA